AAAAAGAAUCCUCUUCAGUCUCGGAAAACCCUUAUUCACCAUAAGCCCUCAUCUCAUCCCCUAUCUCUGCGCCCUCUACCUUCCUUCGCUGAGCCCUCAAAUCUUCGGAGACGACAAAUGGCAGCGGCCACCAUGGCAGCUACAGCCGCCCGAUCACUCCUAUCCAUCGGAUCAACCACCAAAUCCACCUGCUUUCUCCUCUCCAAACGCUUCUACUCUUCCACAGUAUCCAAGCCCCCACCCCUACCCGGAUUCGUUAGGCCGGCAUCGUCCACCCGGCCCAACUCCUCACCUUCCAUUUCCCAUGCCCUUCGUUUCAUCGUUCCUGCAACUAUCCGUCUCAACCCUGUCCGAUGCAGAGUUAACCGCCCCGGCUCCGCCUACUCGCCUCUCAACUCCGGGUCAAACUUCAGCGACCGUCCCCCAACUGAAAUGGCUCCGCUUUUCCCCGGUUGCGAUUACGAGCACUGGCUUAUUGUUAUGGACAAGCCCGGCGGCGAAGGCGCUACUAAGCAGCAAAUGAUCGAUUGCUAUGUACAAACCCUAGCCAAAGUCCUCGGCAGUGAGGAGGAAGCAAAGAAGAAGAUAUAUAAUGUUUCAUGCGAAAGAUAUUUCGGUUUUGGGUGUGAAAUUGACGAGGAAACCUCCAACAAGCUUGAAGGACUGCCUGGUGUUUUAUUUGUUCUUCCGGAUUCCUACGUCGAUGCUGAGAACAAGGAUUAUGGAGCCGAGCUUUACGUGAAUGGGGAGAUUGUUCAAAGGUCCCCAGAGAGGCAAAGGAGAGUGGAGCCAGUACCCCAAAGAGCCCAAGACAGACCAAGAUACAAUGACCGCACCCGUUAUGUGCGGCGCCGCGAAAAUAUGCGGUGAAUUAUUAACUGAACUUUGGUUGAAGGACUCUGUAUGUUAUCUAGUGGAUGAAAGUUCAGUCAUGAAAUGGUUGUAUUUAGAUGUCAUGUUUGGGAUUUGCGCUGUUUUGAAGGUUAUAUGACAACAAAGUGAGCCAUGUAGGUUUUUCUGAACUUCAAAUGGUAGUCUGGUGGAGAUUUAGAUUACUUUUGUUUUCAUUCUCCUUUGUAGUGCAAUUAAUCUUCUGCUGCA